CCAUCCCUAACUCAUACGUUCAAGCGCUCGCUCACCAAGCGGAUGCAAUUUCGGACAAAAAAAGAAUCAUAAUUUGUUAUUUUUUUUUUUACGCUCGUAUUAUACACUGCAAAUGCAAACAAAUAAGUUAACUGUGCUUAAACAUACAAACAUUCGUGAUAACACAAAACGAAUGCAUCAAUUACAACAAGUGUGCUGCAUGUGGCCCGCGUGAAUCGUAAUCGAAGUUGUGCGUGUGUGAAAUUUGCUUUUGUAGCAAAAAAGGCGAGUAAAAAAAGUGCGUCUAAAUAUAUGUAAAGAAAAAAUUGUGAUGGUUGUUUGGGGUGGUUAGGGGAAACAGCAGUAGCCAGCAACAACAGCAGCAUUUUCCCCACAAUUUUGCCAAAGUGUUGGAGGCGACGCCGCCAAUUAAUUCUCGUGUGGCCGCCUUCAUCGUCGUCGUCGCCGCAGCCAUUGAUGCCGACGCCAGUGUCACCGCAGCAAUAACAACAACAAACAGAAUAACAACAACAAAUGCUGCAACGUGAAAGAAAUGAAAUGUCAAACUUCUGCAAAGCUUGCAUAUUGAGAAGACGCACAUAAACUCGCUUUAUUUUUUGGUUGCAGUAUUAAAAGAACCAAUGCAAUAGGAACAUUAAAAGAUUAGUGCUAUGCUCCCGUGGAGCUUUACCAUGGGCGUCCUGACGCCCCAAGAUCGGGCCACACAAUUUUGAUUUCAACCAGACCAACAAACAACAAUAGCAACAACAACAACAACAACAGCAACGAUAAAAACAACAACAAGUGGACAACUUUUUUGCUCGGUGCUGAGCGCAACGUAUCCCCAAACAAAUGAGGGUGCAACACGUAACUAGCGAAGCAGCAGAAGCAGCCGCCAAUAGCAGGUUGCCCAACUAGACAUUAGCCAGCAGCAACAUCUUCAGCUCCACAGCAACUCCUAGCCAGGAAGAAAAAGAGAGCCCAGCAGCAGCAGCAGCAGCGGCCGCAGCUCCAAACAGGCGUUGACGCAGAAAACCCAACCGAAAAUGUUACAAAACUCGAAUGCAGUAGCAGCGGUGGCAGCGGCAGCGCAGGCAGCAGCAGCGCAGGCAGCGACGCCCAGCACAGCAGCCGCUGCGGCAGCGGCAGCAAACAAUGCAGCAAUAGCCGCGUCAUCGAUACAGCCAAAGCUGGUUGUCAUACGGAGGCGUCCGAAUCAGGGCUUCGGUUUUACGCUGCGUCACUUUAUUGCCUAUCCACCGGAAGAUGAUGCCGCCAGCUGGCCUCAGGAAGCGACAAACGCUGUCGGCGGCGGCAACGUUGGCGGCGGCAGCGGCGGUGUCGUCGGCUUGGAGCCAACGUCACCAACGUCGCUGCCGCCAUACCAAGUGAAAGCGAUGGAGACCAUUUUCAUCAAAGAGGUGCAAGCGAACGGACCGGCUCACUACGCCAAUCUACAGACGGGCGACCGGGUGCUAAUGGUGAACAACACGCCGAUCGCUGGCAUUGCCUACAGCACAAUUGUCUCGAUGAUCAAGCAGACGCCAGCGGUGCUAACGCUGCACGUUGUGCCCAAGGAGUGCGAUGUGCUGCAGAUGCAUUACACGAGCAUUGCCCACACGCCGGAAUCGAAUCGCCUAACGAUGUCCGCACAGGCGCCGCAACCGCCGCCGCCUUUGGCAGGCGCCCACGCCUCACAUUCGCCGGCGCUGCUGGCAAAUGGGGCUGCCAUCAAGUCGACGUUUCCACAGCAACAGUUGAUCUCAUAUCCCGCUGUUGUCAAUAAUUCGUCUUCGUCUGUGUCCUCUGUAUCGCCAGCCCAGCCGCCACAACCGCUGCAUGGCGGCAGUCGGUCCGGCAGCAUAACAAGCAAUGCCAGCGGCAGUGGACUCCCCGGCAACAAUAGCCACCACCACCACCAACAACAGUUGCAGCUACAGCAGCAGCAUCCGCAUCCGCAACGCCAUCCGGCGCUCUCAGGCGGCAGCAGUAGCAUCGACUUCGGUGACAUGGCCCAUGGCCUGCGUCAGCAUCAGCAGCACCAGCAGCAGCAGCAUCUUUACCAGCAACAUCAUCAUCAGCAGCUGUUGUCGAGCAGCUUCAUGCGUGCCAAUCAACCGCCAAAUCUAACAGUAUUAGCAAGCACAACACAACCAACCACGCCCACCGGCCGCCAAACCAAAUCGGUAGGGGCCAUAAGCCAAGCAUUGUACGCGGUAAAUGCAAGCGGCGUCGGCAGCAGCAGCGGCAGCGGCAGCGGCAGUGGCAGUGGCAGCGGCGGUGAGAACAGCGACCUGAUGAUACGACUGCGCGAGUCCAUCAAGCAGAAGGAGGAGUUCCUCAAAUCGCCGCUACCCUCCGGUGUGCUAUCCGCCUCCGCAUCCAACGGCAACGCAUCGCAGUCGUCGCCACAGAAGCAGCAGCAGCAGCAACAACAACCGGCACAGCACUUUUUCCCAUCGCACACGCCGCCAGGAGGCGGAGCUGUUGCACAGCGCGUGCGCCACCAAGUUCUACACAAACAGCAACAACAGCAGCAGCAACAACAACAACUACUGCACCACCACCACCACCUACACCAUCAGCAGCAACAGCAGCAGCAGCAGCAGGUUGUUCUUGGCUACGACAUGUACAACAGCUACGCGAGCAGCAAGCUGGCGCCGCGUUCCAUAGGUGCAAUGCCGCUGCAGCAGCGACAGGUGGCUGUCGGCGUGGGCAGCAAUAAUGGCAAGUACGCUAAGGAGCUAGACUAUUUUGAGACGCUGCAGGAGACGGGUGUUACCAACAAGGUAUUUGAAAGUAAACUUGUCUCUCAUAUGUCGAAGGGUUUUGAUCCGUUCAAGCCGUUGUCAAUCAAUACAAGCGCCGCCUCCGAAUCGAGCAGCGCCUCGGUUGCGUUGGCGAAGAAGCAGAGCGUUCUUUACGAGUCACUCCAGCAGCAUCCUUUGCAUCAGAUGCAAUCCAAGUAUCAACAGAGCAACAUCGCCACCAGCAGUAGCAGCACAGUAGACGGACAGUCAACCAGCCGGAUGGAGUUACAUAAAGCAACACUUGCAAAUGCAACCUUUGAGUCGGUGCCGACUAGCAAAUUCAGCAACGUUCCGGAGCACCAGCAGGCCGCCAGUUCCUCGCACACGGUAGCCACCUUGGCGGACAUUGCUGAGAGUAGCGCCGCUGCCAUUGUGGAGGCCGCGUCCGCGCCGGGCAACGUGGUGCGUCGCUAUAAGCCGCUUUCCUCGAGCUCCUUUGACGAGGGUAAGCCGGUGCGACGCAUCUCGUAUUUGCGUGCCACCAACAAUGAGACGGAGUAUCAUGCAGAGCCGCCGGCGGAUGGAGCUGCAGCCAGUACAACUGCCGCAGCUUCUGUCGUUGCGGCCGCAGCCGCUGCGGCUGCUGCGGCGGCCGCUGUCGAGCCACACAAGACCAAAGCACUGGUGGAGGAGCAUCCAGACCCCACGUACGAUGUAAUCGCUGGCACCGGCGGUGGUCACGAGUUUAUCGAAACGCCCAACGGCCUGGAGGAUGUGCGCCUGUCCGCACAUCAUGGCAACCGGCGUGCCUCCAUCAACAGCGAUAUGCGCAGCAGCAUCCAUAUUGAUGCCGAGCUGAAUGGCAAGUAUGUGCCCAACGAGCUGGAGGCCUUUGAGACGGAGAUCGAGAUCAAAUCCUCGUGCAUCAAUGGCAAGCGCAUGUCCGAGUACCGUUCGUGGCGUCAGGUUAAAUUGGAAAUCAAAGGAGAUUUCCUACGCAUCUACUCUGGACGCCAUGCCAAGUCGGAGCAUAAUGUGAUAGAGCUUGAUAUUAGAAAUUUUAAAUUCUUCGACGAGUCACUGGACAAAAAGAAGUACUUGAUACGCAUGCAGUCGAAGCCGAGCGCCAGCGUCGCCCAUUUGGCUACAUUGGGCAACGAGCUCAAUUUGGAUGAUGCGCACGAUAAGCUGACUUCGUCGGGCAGCAGCAGCGCCGCCGAGCCACAAACACCGGCAUCAUCGGCUCCGUCCUGCGGUCCCUACACCGAAAUUCUAUUCAAGACCAAGAGCAGCAACGAGAUGAAGCGCCUCUUUGGGCUGCUGCAGUGGAAGGAUAGCUUGAACUAUGAUGACGUUGAGCAGCCUGCAGGCAAACAGCUGGCGGAGCCACAAAAAACAGCCGCCACCUCCAGCUACCUGGAUGAUGUCGCUGGCGCAGAUAGCUCGCCGGUGAGCUCGCAUUCGGGCGGUGCUUUGGUGGAGGGUACCGCUGUGGCUUCCAUAGCUGCAGCUGCCACCACCAAUGAUGCGAUAUCGCCCGUGAUGAAGCUGCGCAAGCCCUCCUCCCACAAGAAUGUGCCCGAAAAAGAUCUCGGCUCGCCCAAGUCAAAGAACUGGAAAGAUUUACUAUUUCGUCGUGGAGGUGGCAGUGGCGGCGGGGUUGCCCAUGCUGAUUUGGCCUCACCCUCGGGCUGUGGCAGCAGAACAGGCGGCUCCAUUGGUCAGCCUUUGCGCGCAUGUCCCAUGUCCAAAAGUAACGCCUAUGUACCGCAUCUGGUGGAGAUCUGCACCAAUAUUGUGGAGACCAAAGGUUUGGGCGUGGUCGGUAUUUAUCGCAUACCCGGCAACAAGGCGGCCAUCUCGGAGCUGUCCGAGCUUGUCAACACGAAAGAAUUUUCGUUCGACAGCUGCGCCACCGAUGUCCGAUGGGAGGAUGUCAAUGUCGUUAGCAGCCUGCUUAAGCUUUUUAUACGCAGCCUGCCGGAUGCACUGAUGCCGGCCAGCUUUUACAUAAAUUUCAUUGAGGCGGACAAGAAGACGGGCAUGGAGCGCAUUGUGCUGCUAAAGGACAUUGUCGAGUCCCUGCCGCGUCAUCCGUACGAGACAAUGAAGCAUCUGAUCAGGCAUCUGUGCCGCGUCAGCGACAACUGCGAGGUGAAUCGCAUGGAACCCAAGAACCUAGCAAUUAUCUUUGGGCCAUCUAUAAUACGCACACCCAACGAUACCCUGGAAACGGCCGUCAAGGAUAUGAAGCAUCAGUGUCGCAUUGUCGAGUUGCUCGUCACACAGUACGAGUUCUUCUUCGAGGGCGGCAGUCUGCCGGAUCUGGCUGAUCUGACCGGCGGCGCGGCCGCGCCAAGUCCGGCCCAGCCACAGCAGACGCAAGAGGACCAAACGAGCAUGCUGCUGCACAACCUGUCCAAGAUUGAGCGCAUCACGGAACGGGAGACACGCUCCUCGCGUUUCAUUCCGCAGCUGCGAAGACGCACCCAUGGCAAACGCAGCGCCGUCAGCUCGGACACGUACUCCGGCGAGAGUGUUCUGGUAAGCGGCAGUAGUCAAGCCCAGCACAAUUCCCACUGCACCACAACUACCGACAACACCACCAAUACAACCAAAACAACCAAUACCACAACCACCAUCCGCACCACCAACCAAAGACGAAUGCAGCGCAAGUCUGUGCAGAGCAUUUGCGAUUUUGGCCUAAUCCUGCCCGCUGUUCACUUUCAGUCGCUGGACUACGCCAAGGUGUCAGCGAGCAGCACGACCAGCACCAGCAGCAGCUCGACGCUGCAUAGCAGCAAGACCAGCACCACUAGUAAGCUGCUCAGCUCGGCCAUUGGCGGCGGGGGCUCAUCUUCCUUUACGACAUCCUCCUCGUCGAGUACAGCUAAGGCGGCCGCGGCGAGCACCAAAAAGCGCGGCACUGGUGGCUUCCUCUCCAGCUCUAGUUCGCGGAGCGCCCAGGCACGCAAGGCCAGCCUGGAUGAGAAGGACUCGGCCAGCGUUGAUUCAGCUGGCAGCGUUGGCAAGCAUGAGCAGCAGCGGAGCAGCGUUGACAUUUCCAUACUGCUCACCGACGAUGAUUCGAGUAGCCGUCUAAGCGAUACGGGCUCCAUGUCGCUGACGACCAUCACGGACACGCUGGACAGCAAGCUGCGCAAUUUGCGCAGCGGCUCCGAAUCGAACGAUGAGAACGGUUCGCCCGAGUUUCCCAAAAAUCGCCGGCACACACUUGGUCAGCCGUUGCACUUGCACUCCGAGAACAUUCCCUAUGCGGACGAGUCGCCGGAGCGACUGUUCCACAACUUUUGCCCACUGGACGCACCACACUCGUUGCUCUUGAGCCGUUCCUGCACGGCCACCAAUAGCAUUGGCGAGGCCAAAGAGGACAAGCAGCAGCUGCAGCUGCUGAUGAAGCCAACGGUGGCUCCGCUGCCGGCUAGUUUGCUCAAGGCGGCGCACAAGCUGCAGCACUCGGCCACGGUGCCCAUACACCAGGGCAGCGCAACGGCGCCGGCCAGUGGCGCUGCCACGCCCACAGCUGGCACCGGCUCAAGCAGCGCCUCAACACCGCUGGCUGGCACGCCCAGCUCCCAGACGGCCAACACGAUGCAGCGCAACUCGUACGGAAGCAAGAAUCUGAGGUUCAGCAGCUCGCUGGCCUACGAACGGGGCAUUGGUGGCGCCGGCUCCGAAGAUGACUCGGAGGGCUCCACCACCAGUGAUCCGAAGGAGAAGCUCCUAAUGGCCACACCCUCGCCAUCGUUUUUUCUUGAACGCUACAAUAAGAAGCGGCGCGAUCAUCGGCUCUUUCGCAGCGCCAGCUUCAACUGUCGCAACUACUCGACGCGACACAUGAGCAGCAGCAAUUCGAGCAAUUCGGCAGCUGCUGCUGCUGCUGCCGCUGCUGCUGCCGCCGCCACCUGUUGCUCGCCGACAUCGUCGUCAUUGGCGUGGGCCCAUGCCGCUGCUGCGCUCACCAAGGACGAAAAGACUGACAUGAAUCUGACCAAGAAGCGGCAGAUACAAAACAAACAGAAUCGCUCAAUCAAGCGCCGGCACACGGUGGGCGGCCCGCACGAUUAUGCCGCCAAUAACGCUGGUGGCUGUGGCAAUGGCACCGCCGGUCAUGAUCUGACCGCUAUCAAUUACAACCAUCACAAUCGGCAUCAUAAGCAGCAGCUUUUGAAGUUGGGCAGCGCCGCCGGCGGGAGCAAUGCUGGUGCAGCUGCUGAGACAACAACGACAACAACAACAACCACCACAGUGUUGCGUAGACUGGGCGCAACUGCGGCCAGUGCAAGUGCCAGUGUGAGUGGUGUCAAUGCCGAGGCGAAUGUUGCGUUGCCUGUUGUCGUCUCCGGUUCCAGUUCGGGCAACAAUAACAACAACAACAACAACAACAACAAUUCGCCGCUAAGCGAUGGCAGCAAUGGCAACAGCUCUGCCAGCGGCGGUGGCGGCGGCGGCGGUGUCAGCGGCAGCAACAGCAGCAGCAGCAGCUCCUCAAGCCACAGCAGCAGUGGCGGCGGCGCUGCCGGCGGUGACCAAGUCUUGGAAGUCGGCAUACGCAUCAAGAAUAUGAACAGAGCGCGCUUCUAGAUGGGCAGAAGUGGAGCAGCUAAAAUGAAAUGAAAAGCUCAGAGAGAAGCAGAGAGAGAGAGAAAGAGAGAGGGAGAGAGCGAGAGAACGAGAGAAGGAGGCAGCACGAAAGUGUGAGAGCAUAUACUGGAAAACAUUAGUAUUAAAAGCGAAGUAUAUAAAACACAUGCGAAAGUAUUUUAAAGGAAAUUGUGGCUGAAGCAUACACAAACAAACAAAGAGACACACACACAACCCAUCGAAAACAUACCUAGCCCCAAACUCACGCGACACACAUACACAGACACACACACACACACACACACACACACACAUACACAUCGAGGGAACAAUGGAAAAGCAAAAGUAACGAUAGGGACAGCGCGUCCUACAGAGAAAGAUAUAUAUUUAUAUAUAUAUGUAUAUAUAUAUAUUUAUAUGAAUACAAAACUAUUUUGUAAAACGUAUACAAACAGUACGGAAUAUGCUUAAACCAUAUACAUGCA